GGCGCUAUAAGAUAAUCAAACCUCUCCGACACCGUGCCCCAACUCUUUUCCAUUCCGUUCAUCCUCUACUACCGCCGUCAUGGCCUACGCUUACAAGCCUGAGCUUCUUGCCCCGUUCCUCGCUCUUCCCCAGGGCGACAAGAUCCAGGCUGAAUAUGUCUGGGUUGACGGUGAUGGCGGACUCCGUUCCAAGACUACGACUGUCGCCAAGAAGGUGACCGAUAUCGGAUCCCUGCGCAUCUGGGACUUCGAUGGCUCGUCCACCAACCAGGCUCCCGGCCAUGAUUCGGACGUCUACCUUCGCCCGGCGGCGAUCUUCAAGGAUCCCUUCCGCGGCGGCGACAACAUUCUCGUCAUGGCGGAGUGCUACAACAACGACGGCACGCCGAACAAGACCAACUACAGGCAUCACGCGAAGAAGGUGAUGGACCUUGCCAAGGACCACGUUCCGUGGUUCGGUAUUGAGCAGGAGUACACCCUGUUUGACGUCGAUGGCGCGCCCUACGGAUGGCCCAAGGGUGGUUUCCCCGGACCCCAGGGACCGUAUUACUGCGGUGCCGGCGCUGGCAAGGUCUUUGCCCGCGACCUCAUCGAGGCGCACUACCGUGCCUGCCUAUACGCAGGUAUCAACAUCUCCGGUAUCAACGCCGAGGUCAUGCCCUCUCAGUGGGAGUACCAGGUCGGCCCGUGCGAGGGCAUCUCUAUGGGCGACCACCUCUGGAUGUCGCGCUACCUCCUCAUCCGCAUCGCAGAGCAGUGGGGCGUCAAGGUCUCAUUCCACCCCAAGCCGCUCCAGGGCGACUGGAACGGCGCCGGCUGCCACACCAACUACUCCACGAAGGAGAUGCGUGAGCCGGGCGGCAUGAAGCAUAUCGAAGCCGCAAUCGAGAAGCUCUCGAAGAAGCACAAUGAGCACAUCGCCGUCUACGGCGAGGACAACGACCUCCGUCUCACCGGCCGUCAUGAGACCGGCCACAUCGGCUCGUUCAGCUCGGGUGUCGCCAACCGUGGCGCGUCUAUCCGUAUCCCCCGUGCCGUCGCCGCCCAGGGAUUCGGCUACAUGGAAGACCGUCGUCCCGCUUCCAACAUCGACCCUUACCGCGUCACCGGCAUCAUCAUCGAGACCACUCUUCUCAGCGAUUAGACGAAGGAUCGACUUGGGAGGUAAUAAGAAUGGAUCUGGCUGUAUAUUAAGCGUAGUGCAUAUGAGCUCCUGACGUUUAUCGUCGUCCUAUAUAUCGCGUGGAAUGCAACGAUCGGUCACGAGAUUAUAUCGAG